UCAAUUAGAUACCUACCUACUUAUUACCAAAAAAAAUUUUGCUAUAAAAUACAAAGCUAGGUAUAGCAGCUAUCUACUAUAAUUUAUUCAAUGGCCAGAGAACCUGUAUAUUACGUUACUAUACAUACGGAGAAAUAUGACUAAGUUAUUUGUUUUUUAUUUGAUUACAUUGGCAUUUUUGUCAAAGUGCUUGGCGUCAAACAAUAUUAUUUUGUACUUAGACAGCGAGAACAAAUUGCAAGGGGAACAUGGAAAAACAACCACCGAAAAGAGCCUUAAGCUUAACUUCUAUGAAGAUUGUAUUGAUAAAGUUCUAAGUAAUUGUACAUCCAAGACAAAAGAUAACGUAUAUUAUUUACGUUACUUUUCACAAUCAAACAAGCAAGAAUGUAAGAAUUUCGAGCAUGUAGCACAAUCGACGAACAAUGUAUUGCAAUUUUGUAUCGAUAUGGAGAACAGUUCUUGGUAUGGUGGUGCCGAAACGACUUUUCAACAUUGGCCACUGAAUAAACUCAACUGGACGGAUAUACCAUAUUUGACUAGAGAAUUAGGCAGCCAAGCAAUUGCCGAGUCUUAUUUCUUUAAUUCUGAUGGAUUUUAUAUUCAUAUUGACGAGUCGGUUGCUCUAUUUGUAGAUAUAAAUGGUCCACGACCAGGUCAAAUGUGUUUUACAGCUAAAGUUGUUGCUCCAUAUAGAAAAGUUAGAAACAUUAUGCAAUACCAAAUAUGCAAAUACAAAAACCCUCGAGAAGCACACGAAAGGGCUAUUAAAGAUAUAUUAGGUAUGCCUACAUCUAUACCUGACCCAUAUAUAAUAAAAUAUCCAAUUUGGUCUACAUGGGCAAGAUAUAAAGUUGAUGUUAACACGUCCUCUGUCCAAAAUUUUGCUCAAGAAAUAAUCGAUCAUGGAUUUCCUAGAGGUACACUUGAAAUCGAUGACAAAUGGGAGACAUGUUAUGGUAGUUCAGAAUUUAAUACAUCUAGAUUUGAGAACAUAACAAAACUCAUUACAGACCUAAAAUUAAAUGGUUUCAAGACUUCUUUGUGGACUCAUCCGUUCAUAAAUUUGGAAUGUCCUCGUCAUGAUAUCGCCAAAACCAAGGGAUAUUUUGUGAAAAGUACAUCAAAUAAAAUAAAUACUACAUGGUGGAAUGGAAUUGGAUCUUAUAUAGACUUCACAAAUCCUGAAGCAGCUGCAUGGUGGUCUAAUGCUCUUCGUAAUUUACUUGCAAUAUCUGGAAUUGAUACAUUCAAGUUCGACGCAGGAGAAAGUAGUUGGAGUCCACAGCUUCCAAUAUUUCACGAUAAUAAUCUGACUUACUAUCCUGAUAAUAUCGUAAACGCUUAUCUUAAAACGAUUACAUCUUUUGGAAAUGGUAUUGAGUACAGAGUAUCCAGAAGAAGUCAAAGAUUCGGUCGUCUUUUAAGAAUGAUGGAUCGUAAUUCUCGAUGGGAUUUUCAACUUGGACUACCUACAUUAAUAACAUGUUUGAUACAGUUGAAUAUGAUCGGAUAUCCGUUUGUUUUACCUGAUAUGAUUGGUGGAAAUGGCUACGAUAACUUGCCACCUUCCAAAGAGAUGUAUAUUAGAUGGAUGCAAGCAAAUGUAUUCAUGCCAGUUGUACAGUUUUCAUAUACACCUUGGGAUUUUAAUCAACAGACAGUUGAUAUAUGCAGAAAUUUAAUCAAUAUUCGUGCUAAUUAUACAGACACUAUUAUUGAACUGAUGAGAAGUAGUGUAAGUAAGGGUGCUCCGUUAAAUCCUCCUGUCUGGUGGAUCGACCCCACGGAUCCAGUUGCACAAGUAAUCGCUGAUGAAUAUCUUUUAGGUGAAAAUAUCCUUGUUGCUCCAGUGAUUGUCAAGGGUGCUAAAUUCCGAGAUAUCUAUUUACCUUCUGGGUUAUGGAGAGACGAAAACCAUCCGAAUUCACAUUUAAUUACUGGUAGAAAGUGGUUACGGAAUUACCCUGCCAAGCUUGAUAUUCUUCCAUGGUUUACCAGAGUUUCACCGGGUCACCAUACGUUCUAAUGAAUUUUUUGAAAUUUUACUUUUAAAUACAUUUUUAUUAA